AGUUUGUGUUCCCCUGUACUACGAUCCGCGGGUUGCGUGUUCCGGAGGUAGACGUGAUUGUGAAACAUUAAAUUACGCUUGCAUGAAGUCACACGCUACGUUUCUUAACGACGGAGGAAAGACUUGUCACGGAAGUCAGUGCUGCCAUGCGCGCAAGGAGAGAGUAUAAAUCGUUUACAACCAGAGUUUGUGGGUGUCGCGACUGGUACGGACCGCGCAGUGCGCAGUGCGAAGUGUUCCUUGGUGAAAAGUAUAAUCCGUGGACUGAAAAGGUUACGCCGACCAUUUGCAAAAUAUGCACGUGGUCUAUGUGUAUGUCGUGGUAUAUUCGUGUGCACAGAGUGAAAACAGAACAGUGUCGUUAGCACAUCAUUUAGGCAAUAUAUUUACAGUAUGGUGGCCAUUUGCAUGAAAAUAUUUCGUGUUGUCUCGUGUAAACAAAACUAAAUUUCGUGGAAGAGAUCUUAUAAUCUUAUUUACUCGUGACUCAGUGACAGGUUAAGAGAUGUUAAAAUAAUUCGUGUCAAAUCCUUUAAUUCGAUGAUAAGAUACAGAGUUAGAAUUAUGUGUGUCAGAUCUAAUAACUCCCAGACGCGUCGCAGGGUACUGAGCAAGGUUAGAGGUGAUCCGAACAAUAAAUUGUUUUUACGUCACUGAAAGUUGGAAGUGUCUUAUUUACAAGCAGUUUUUUGAAUCUUGACAAAGUCGUAUGACUACUAUAGUUUAGAUCGGCUACCGCAAAGCUUUCCCUAACUUGUUUAUACACGGAAACACUUUCACCUUCAAAAAAUAAUGGCGGAACUCUUACUUUCCUCUUGAAUGAGACUGUCUCAGUAAUAAGGCAAGAAAUAUUCUCUGAAUCUUUGCUUCAGUGUAGAAUCAAAAGACAUUUCAAACACUACUGACCACAUGCCAUCUGAUCCAAUCGACGAUGAAAAAAGGAUUUACAUGUGAUGACAAUCUUCAGUUGUUUCCACGAAUUCCAAAAAAUACGGGGUAUCUAAAAUUCGUCUUGGAACUAGUCCAGCUGAACUGAUUCACAUGGUACCAGAACCAUCUUUCAGAUUUUAAUUUCCAAAAAGAACAUUGCCCUACGUUGGAAUUAACAAUGGCGUCCUCGUUCACAUAAAAGUGUCGGACAGUUUUUCAUCUUCGUUUAACCAGUCAUUCGUGUAUUUAUUCCUUUCUUGUUGCCUUUCCUUGUUUGUUUUGGUUCACGUAACACAGUCUUGGAAUCAAUGUCCAACACCUGUUUCCUUCCUUCUCGUCAACACUUGGUCGCCAACAAACUGUUGUGGAAUGCCGUAAGUCCGCAACUUUAACACUCCGCUGACUCACGUUAGCACGGGUUAGUAGUACUACAUAGAAUGCCUAAAAAUAUUCCCGCAACCACCCGCAGUGAAACGCACGCAAGCGCAUUUGGGUUCGAUCUCCGUUCAGGGCAAGUGACGAGAUCUCAGUGAUGUGUAAACAAUGGGUUGGAAGAGAUGUUUGUCGUGUUGUGGGUACAACAGGGACGUGCAGAGAGACGAGGACGAAAUUCCGGUAGAAGUCGCCCAAGAAAUGGAUGAACAGUUCGUUUUCAUAGAGCAGUUCCCCACGGAUAAGAAGAUGGAGAACCCGACGGUACCUUUCAUUGGAGAACUGCCAGUGCCUAUUGAUGUUGGCCGAGUCAUAGAUGUGGAGGGCGAAAUCUUACCACAUGCAACCAGGUUUUCAGUCGACCUGGUGUGUGGAUCAACUCAAAUGAGUGAUGUGGCCUUCCACCUGAACCCAAGGUUUGAUCAAAACCACGUCGUGAGGAAUUCUCGUCUGGGAGGCCGGUGGGGUCACGAGGAGUGUUCAGCCUCACAGAGAAAUCCAUUCCAACGUGGAACAAAGUUCUGCCUCAUCAUUUUAGCUGCAGAGGAUGGGUUCAUGGUGGCAGUGAAUAAUUAUCAUUUCUGUUCUUACGAUUAUCGAACUUUGCGGAUGAGAAUCCAGACAGUACAGAUCCACGGAGAUGUCAUUGUGAAUUCACUUGACUAUCACAUGACUAAUAUUUAUCCUGAAAUACGACCACGCAUGCAAGACCCAGCUGUUAUUAUUUCACAUACCAUGCCACUCUCCAACAGCAUCAAGGAUAAUGUGGUUUUACCAGUUUUGGGUAAUUUACCAAUGGGACUGCUUAUAGGUCAAGAGCUAGAGAUAGUUGGACGGAUAAAGCUCUUGCCUCAUUCUUUCUUUGUGAACAUACAAGAUGCCAUGCAUAUGUGGCCCCAUCCGGACAUCAUGCUGCAUAUUAACCCUCGCUUCUACACGAGUGCUGAGUGUGGGGUUAUAAUGAACUCCUGGUCCAAGGGUAAAUGGGGCACUGAACAGAAAUUCCCCCUCCUUUUCAGACCUGGUCGACCAUUUUCGAUAAAAAUUCUGUGCAGACGGGAUGAAUAUUCAGUUACAGUGGACGGUGUUCAACUGGGUACUUAUCGUUACCUUUCUUCACUUCAUACAGUAAAUACAAUGUACAUUCAAGGAGAUGUGUUCAUUAAGGAGAUUACUGUGAACUAACAGAAGUUUUGGAAGAACAAUGCAUCUAUCUGAUAUCACAUAAAGUUUCUGUGAUGCCAUAAAAAUGCAGACAUACAAUACCAUAAUGUGUAUUACGUUACCAGUCAAAGUUUGAUGAUAAAUGUGGAGUAAAAACGAAAUUGGUGCAGGUGGUACAGUAAAGUUGUUUCCAUGCUGUUUUGGAAAAUGCCCAUUGUUUCAAGGUGGUUUCUUAAGAUACAUUUAUUUUGUGGACGAUGGCUGAGUCUUGUGGCAUGAUUUGCUGACAACAAACAUGUCAGUUGUCUCAAUAUUCAAUAACAAUCUGAUCCUGUAUCAUGACAUGUGGGGGGACAUACCUGAAAAUCCUGCCAAUCACUGCAUGAAAAUUUUUAGACAUGAAAUAAACCCAUGUACUAAGAAAUGCAACAUAUAAACAUUUAGUGCAUAAUGACAACUCGUUGCAUAUUUAAAAUGUAAGCAAAGGUCCGGUGUAGUGGUUUUUAACCUCUUCCAGCUAUGACUCUUACCCCACUAUCUUCACACACUGAAAUUCUUUAUGGCACUUUUCACCAUUAAACUUAUUGCAUGGGAACAGAGGAUUUGAACCCCUACACUAAAGGACUGCCACCCAGACUUUCUCCACGAUUUUACUAUUUACUGGUAUGCUACUGCGAUGCAUGACCAGCCUUAAUCAGUAAAAGUUAUGCAGCAUUAUUGUGGGUUGUGAUGUGAUGUUGAGAACGACAGUAAGCUUCUACAGAUUAGUUUCUAUGACAGCACAAGAAAAAAAAAACAAUGCAAAUGUCAGCUGUCAAAAGGGAAUGUAUGUAAGCCUCCUCCUCUGUCCUUGAUCCUUAACGGGGCGUGGUGGCGCUUCAUACGUUGGAAUCGUCCGACCAUGAAGCGCUCUCUUGGGAAUAUAAUCAGAAAGUGUCCAAUGAUGGAGUAACAACACAGUUUUUAUAUAAAACAUAUUUUGAAAUGGGUCCAAGAUAUAGACUCUGUAUCUAUGUAAAUGUAUAUUAGACUGUUUUGUUUUUUGUUAUACUGAGUCACUAAUAAUUUAUUUUAGCAGCUACACGUUAUGUGUUCUGUUCAAGUCUCCCAAAUGUAAGCCACUAUAUUUUCAUGUUCAUGUUCCAUUAUAAUUGAAAUUCCACACAGAAGUUCACCAACUGUUGAAUCUACUACUUAUAGAAAGUGAUUCCCAAACUUCACAAACACAUUUUAUAUUGUAGUAUCAUGGCGUGGAAUUAUUCAGAGAAAAUACAUUUGUAUAUUAUGGAA